AUGGCCUAUGGGAGUACUACUUUGUGGAGAGAAUUCUUGCGUUCGAUCCGACGGGAAACACUUACAAGAUUAAGUGGAAGGGAUACAGGAUCUGCGGCAUCCCUGGUCUCUACACUCCAGGAUCCGGGAAGCCAGGACGUGCUUGGUUCCGAUGACGCUCGAGGCGCCGGCGCCGGCCCUCCGGCGCACCCAGCGUCUGCGCUCCAGGAUCCGGGAAGCCAGGACGUGCUUGGUUCCGAUGACUCUCGAGGCGCUGGCGCCGGCCCUCCGGCGCACCCAGCGUCUGCGCUCCAGGAUCCGGGAAGCCAGGACGUGCUUGGUUCCGAUGACUCUCGAGGCGCUGGCGCCGGCCCUCCGGCGCACCCAGCGUCUGCGCUCCAGGAUCCGGGAAGCCAGGACGUGCUUGGUUCCGAUGACUCUCGAGGCGCUGGCGCCGGCCCUCCGGCGCACCCAGCGUCUGCGCUCCAGGAUCCGGGAAGCCAGGACGUGCUUGGUUCCGAUGACUCUCGAGGCGCUGGCGCCGGCCCUCCGGCGCACCCAGCGUCUGCGCUCCAGGAUCCGGGAAGCCAGGACGUGCUUGGUUCCGAUGACUCUCGAGGCGCCGGCGCCGGCCCUCCGGCGCACCCAGCGUCUGCGCUCCAGGAUCCGGGAAGCCAGGACGUGCUUGGUUCUGAUGACUCUCGAGGCGCCGGACGAACGCUGCCUCACAGAACGCCUCCGCUUGGAACGCACCGUCGACGCCUCGCGAGGAAUUCUGAAAGAAGGCCGUCAGCCGUUGUCAAGGCCCUUCCUAUGACCGAACGAGCUGGAAGUGCUGCAACCGAUACGCUGAUCCUGUCGUCUUCUGAGGAUUGGGAGCCAGGAUCCAGGGAUCAAGACGACGACGACGACGACGACACCUCUAACCGCGAGAUCGCACAACCGCCGCCGAGACUGAUGAGAUCGAACCGCCACGUUGAGGAGUGGCUGCAAACGACCGUCGACCCUGAUGAUGCUCCGGCUCCUUCGGAGGUCACGGACGUCGUUCCACCGUCGGUGUCCAGCGCCGACGCGGGGAUGUGA